AUGCCAGAUAAGAUUCUUCUGCCUCAACAGGUCCAGAAUCUCAUCGCCCAAGGCAAAGCCAUAGUCAUAUAUAAAGAUUAUGUGCUUAAUCUUACGCCUUGGCUUCCUUACCAUCCUGGAGGAGACAAGGCUGUUUUCCAUAUGGUAGGCAGAGACGCUACCGACGAGAUGUUGGCAUACCACGGUCCCGAGGCGAUCGCUGUAUUUCACAAGUGGAAAAUAGGGCGUAUUAAUUAUCCUUGGAAAAAUAUCUUGCCGCCAAUUCAGGGCGCUGUUUAUAAAGAGGGUAUUAAAGUACACCGUGAUGGGAAGCUAGGAGACCUCUUGGACGCAUCUGGAAAGGAGGAAUCUUCGUCAAGUGCCGAGAUUUCCAGUGCUAGCUCUUCUGAUAUGGACGUUGAAGACCCUGGUUUAUCUGAGAAUUACUAUAAGAGCGGUUACCCUCCUCAGAAGGUGUCUCCAGUUGUCCCACAGAAUGUCGAGGUUGUAUCGCCAGCUAAUGUCGAUAAAGUUUUUCCGGUGGACCAUAAACUGAUUAUUGUUGAUCCAAAAGAAACUUUAAACAGCUAUGAUAACGAACUUUCACGUCGUGACAUGCUCUCUCUUCCAGCAUUGGAUUAUGGUACUCAGACCAACUUGAGAGACAAGUAUAACGCUUUGCACGCCAAGGUGAUCAAGGCUGGCUUGUAUCAAUGUGAGUACGGCAACUAUAUCCGUGAACUCGUCAAGAUCGGUUCUCUUGCUUUAUAUUCAUUCUCGUUCCUUCACUUGGGCUACUACACUAUCAGUGCUGUGCUUAUCGCUAUGGCAUGGCACCAAAUGACGUUUAUUGCACACGAUGCUGGCCACGUCUCAAUAACUCAUAACUACCAGUUCGACAAUACUUUUGGUAUGCUUAUCGCCUCAUGGUUCGGUGGUCUCAGUCUCGGGUGGUGGAAACGUAACCAUAAUGUCCACCACCUUAUUACCAACGAUCCAGUUCACGACCCAGAUAUCCAGCACUUACCUUUCUUUGCCGUCAGUGUUAGGUUGUUUGAUAAUGUUUACUCGACGUACUACGAUAAGUUCUUGUGGUUCGAUGCUAUCGCUCGCAAGACCAUCCCAUUGCAAGAAUACCUUUAUUAUCCAAUCUUGGCCUUCGGCCGCUUCAAUUUGUACAGAUUGCUGUGGACCCAUGUCUUGAUGGGCGAGGGCCCACGUCGUGGAUCGGCUGCGUGGUUUAGGUGGUUUGAAUUGGCUGGAUUGUCAUUCUUUUUCUACUGGUUUUUCUAUGUUGUGGUCGGUCACCAUGUCGAAGGCGGAUGGAACAAGACUUGGUACGUGUUGGUAUCUCACAUGUGUACUAUGCUUGUUCAUGUCCAGAUCACGCUUUCCCAUUUCGCCAUGUCCACUGCUGAUUUGGGUGUAAGCGAGUCCUUUGCUUCCAGACAAUUGAGAACGACUAUGGAUGUCGACUGUCCCGCUUGGCUCGACUUUUUGCAUGGUGGCCUCCAGUUCCAAGCGAUUCACCACUUGUUUCCACGUUUGCCUAGACAUAAUCUUAGAAAGGCACAGCCAUACGUUCUUGAUUUCUGCAAAGAGGUCGGAUUGCCAUAUUCUAUCUAUGGAUUUGGAAAGGGUAAUGAAAUCAUCAUUGGAAAGCUCGCAGAGAUCGGCAAGCAAUGCUCUAUCAUGUUAGAUUGCACCAAGAAGUUACAAGAGGAAAAGACUCCAGUCACGGAGAUGAUUUAA